AUGAACUCGGCCAUGGCCAUCACACCACCCGACGACGGCCGCAUCACGCGCCCCCGGAGCGGCAGCAACCGCCAGGUCUCUCUCUACGCCUCGCGCAUCAAGCCCGGCGUCACCCCGCUCGCCCUCGACCGACCCAACGCGGGGCGAGUCCCGCGGCUGCCCGACCUCCCGCCGUUGCCCGCCUCCCCCCGUUGGGACUCGCUCUCCAACGGGGCCCAUCUGGUCAACCGCGGCUCGACCUCCUCCAGAAGCUCUCCGUCACCAUACGACGUUCCCCGGGACCCUCUAUCCCAUCAGCCCAUGGCCCCGCCCGUUGCCUCACCCAUGCGGGCCGGAGUCGGGCCAAUACCGUCUCCAAGAGACGCAUUGACCGGCACUCCGUCACCGCGCAGCGGGUCGCCGCCCGUGCCGCUCACGGCCAAGUCGUCGUUUGCCGACCUGCGGCUUGCAGACGGCGGCGGCGGCGGCGGCGGCGGUGUUGUCGUCGAGAACUUCUCCCGGCCCCGGAAGCAGAGCAUCGUCCGCCAGACCGCAGUCUACCCCGAGUACGCCGCUGCGUCGUCGGAGCAUGCCGUCCGGCCCCUGGCAAACAAGCCAUCCAUCACCGCCAUCACCACCACCACCGCCCCCAACCCUGCGCUGCAGGAGCAGGGCCCCCAGACUCCGCUGCCCUGGCAGCAGCAGCCACGGCGCCCCUCGGCGUCGUCGUGCAGGUCUCUGUCGACGUUUUCGUCGCCGCGCCCGCCGGUCAAUGCUGAGUCGUUUGAGUUUCGGCCUCCUCGCCCCAGGCACGUUACUGGGCCUCCCCUGACGGGGGCUCGGCCCCCCUUCGCGCCCAGCCGUGCUGACAGCUCCGCGCCAUCCCCCGGCGCUGGUGGGGCGCCACCACCCUGGCUCGCCGGGGAUGAGCUGCGUUCCAGUUUCAGAUCCCAACUCACUGCCUCGUCAGCUCCUGGCACGGCUGCGACCGAGCGCAGUAGCGUUCUUACAAAGGACAGCUCGGUCGCCUCGCUCGACCCCAACGACGAGCCCAGCUUGGAAGAUGUUAUGGGCAUGUACGAAAAGGGCUUUGCCGAUGACGAGGACGAGGACGAGGACGACAACGACUACGACCAGCCAGACGCGACCGAUACAAUUGACGCGGUCGACGCCUCCAGCCCCGACUCGGCUGCUCGCGACGCGGUGAUUGACGCGGCCGAAUUCUCGACGCCCGAGGAACCCGAAGCCGGCGUCCUGGUCGAGGAGCCCGCCGACAUCGACCCCGAGUCGUCCAUCUCCAACGUCCGCUCGACGCUGGAUGCCGAGAUUCGGCAAUCCAGAAUGAUAUUCACGAGCCCAGACUUUACGUCUUCGGUCCCCGCCAUAUCCGGCAGUGCCGACUCCCACGUCCCCGAGAAGCGAGACUCGGCCAAGUCACUCGACUCGGAGCGCUCAGCGCUCUCUGGCUCGGCACCAACCGGCGCCAUGAAGCCCGUCUUCAUGGCCAUGACCUCCGACGUUGCUUCUCCCGUGCCCUCCCCGGCAAUCUCUCGGGCGCCGUCACCCGCGCCGUCACCCUCACCCUCUCCGUCCCCGGUGCCUCUGUUGCCUGUGGAGCCCGAAGACCCCGGGUCCCGCGACCGAUACGGCUUCAAGAAGCAGAACCAAUUCAUCACGAGACAACAAUACGACGCGUGGAACAAGGACUACUCCCAAUACCUUGCCCGCAGGCGCAAGAAGUGGGUUUCCUACCUCAAGGAUUGUGCGCUCAUGACGGACCGGCCGAUUCGCUUCCCGCCGCCCAAUGCAAAGACGAAACGAUUCGUGCGCAAGGGCAUCCCGCCAGACUGGCGCGGCGCUGCGUGGUUCUACUAUGCAGGAGGCCCGGCCAUACUGGCCAAGCACUCCGGUCUGUACGAGAAGCUCCUGUCCACGAACGCCAAGCAGAUCGACGUCGAAGCCAUUGAGCGGGACCUGCACCGCACUUUUCCCGACAACAUUCAGUUCAAGCCCUCAUCGCGGUUUGAUGCGUCGUCGAGCAGCGACAGGGCGAGCCGCUCAACCACGACUGGCUCGACAUCCGGCGAAAGCGGCCAUCGCGGACCACCGGGCUCGGAAGGCGAACCGCCUAUUAUCACCUCUCUGCGUCGGGUGUUGCAUGCUUUUGCCGUGUACAAUCCACGCAUUGGUUAUUGUCAGAGCCUCAACUUCUUGGCAGGCAUGCUUCUGCUCUUCGUGGAGACGGAGGAGCAGUGCUUCUGGUUGCUCAACGUCAUCACCAUCAUCUACCUUCCGGGGACGCACGAGAUGAGCCUCGAGGGCUCCAAGGUGGACCUGGGCGUCCUGAUGACGGAGCUGAGAGACACGAUGCCGGCCGUGUGGGACAAGAUUGGGAGCGAGCUGGACGGUGCUCCCGGACCGCGGCCAGGGACGAGCAAAUCGAUUCGCAAGGCCACCAUUCCGCUCAUCAAGCGUCGCGACCAGACCAGCCUCUCGACGGAGCGGCUGCCACCCAUCACGCUGUGCAUGACGGCGUGGUUCAUGAGCUGCUACAUUGGGACCCUGCCCAUCGAGACAACGCUCCGCGUGUGGGACGUGUUCUUUUACGAAGGAUCCAAGACGCUUUUCCGCAUCGCGCUGGCCAUAUUCAAGACUGGCGAGUCGGAGAUUAGGGCCGUCUCGGAUCCGAUGGAGAUGUUUGGCGUGGUGCAGACGCUCCCGCGGCGCAUGUUGGACGCGAAUGCGCUCAUGGAGACGUGUUUCAAGCGGCGCAACGGAUUCGGCCACCUGAGUCAGGGCACGAUCGACGAGCGCCGCCAAGAGCGCCGCGACAAGGCGCACCAGGAAAAGGUGCAGCAGCUUCGAGGCGCGACAGCCACGGGUGCCACGACGGACGGAGAGAGACCGAUGCUCCGCAAGGGCACCAUUUUCAGCAAGAAACGCGGGGACGCUUCGAUGCCGCGGCCUGCAGAGAUCUAG